CAUAAGUUUGYCCGUCAAGUCAUGAGCGCUUCUAAGUAUUUUCCGCCAAAAACGCGUCCARCUACUCGUUCUGCUGGGCUUAAAGCCCUUUCUGCACUUGCGACACAUCACAAACAAGCUUCUAGACGUAAACACGUGAAGRUCGAGUAUGAAACAGAGGAUACUAGUCAAUCGAAGGGCAAAGGAACAAAACGGCCAUCAGACAAUCACGCCAAACCAAAAAGACCAAAGCCAAAUAAUGYCARUAAUGAUUGGAUCCCCGAGAGAUGGAAAGAUCAGUUGAAUAACAUCAAAGCAAUGAGAAAGGCUAAAGAUGCGCCAGUUGACUCUAUGGGAUGUGAGCGAACAGCUGAUAUGACAGCAGCACCAGAGGUAAUCCGUUAUCAGACCUUACUCUCCCUGAUGUUAUCAAGUCAAACAAAAGAUGCAGUCACUCACGCUGCUAUGGAGAAACUGAAGGCGCACGGAUGUACAGUACAAAAUAUACUGGCCACAUCUGAUGAAAAACUUGGAGAACUGAUAUACCCUGUAGGAUUUUGGAAGAAAAAAAUAUCUUACAUCAAGAAAGCAACAGAAGUCUGCCGGGAYAAAUAUGAAGGAGAYAUCCCAUCAACCAUUGAGGGUUUGGUUUCCUUACCUGGUGUGGGACCUAAAAUGGCACACAUUUGUAUGAAUGUUGCAUGGGAAAGACUGUCAGGAAUAGGAGUAGACACACAUGUCCAUCGUAUAUGCAAUAGAUUGGGCUGGGUAAAGAAACAAACAAAAACUCCAGAGGAUACAAGAAUAGCAGUAGAAAAUUGGCUUCCAAGGGAUGAAUGGGGUGAGCUUAAUGUACUGCUUGUAGGAUUUGGUCAACAAACUUGUCUUCCUGUCAACCCAAAGUGCAGUGAAUGCCUAAACUGUCGAAUAUGUCCUGAAGGUCGCAGACAGACCAAGGGGAAGACUACGAAUGCUUCAACUAGUWGUUAGUAAUAAAUAUAAUGCAGUUGAUACCAGGAAAAUGGCCAUGAGAAGAAAUGUUAUUGUUUGUAGUGUAGAAAAGGUAGCGUUGAAGAAGUGUUGCUCAUUUUAUAGCUGGAUAAAAAUAAUAUGAAUUUUUAAAUCUUUAGUUUCCAUUUUUUUUUUUAUUGUUGCCUGAGCAAGAGGCUGGCCAGAUAAAAUAAUUGACAUUUCAAUCAUUUUCUGCCAUAUUUUCAGAUGUCUGUAGAGAAAAACUGGUUUUGGUUUGUUUGUUUCAAUAUUAAAUGUAAAUAUCUUGGAUGUAAUUAAAUAUUUUGAGCAAUAUAAGAUAUAAUAAAUAUACUCAUGUGCUAUUUUAUAAUAUUGAAGAAUCGAUUCUGUUAUCAYCCCCUCAUAAUUUUUUGAAGUAUCUCUUUUAUCUCUGCUAU